UGGGGAGAGCAGCUGCCGCUGAGGCACCAUGGCAGCCCUGGGGCUUUAUAGGCCAGGCAGUGCGCCGUGACUGUGGCCCUGAGGGCCCCUGUGCUAUCAGCUGUAGCCUGGGGUCAUAGGUCCGGGCUGAUAUAUAGCCGCAGGAGAUAAGUACGCAUCCUGUAUGUAAAGCAGCCGCAUCUGACACAGACUCCAUGGAGCCGCAGGCGGACCCUGACAUUUUGCUGCAGAGGAAGCGGAAACUGACAAAUGUUGCAAUAGGAUUCAUCUUUCUGCUGAGUGGCAUUGAAUAUGCUGUGAUCCUACCCACUGUCUGGAUGUUCCUGCAGUCACUCGAUGCUCAGCCAUUCUUUCUAGGUCUUGUUCUAUCUGCAUUUAGCCUUACAGAACUCUUGUCUGGCCCCAUGUUUGGUUAUUGGUCAGACCGUCACAGGAAAAACUAAAACGUCAUCCUAUUGAGCAACUGCUUUGAGAUUGCAGGUAAGAUUAUGUACUUUGUGGAAAUCUCUAAGUGGUUUCUUCUGGGCAGUCGUCUAGUAGCAGGUGUUGGUGCAGGAGCUGGUGCUUCAAUAUUUGGGUAUUUGACCAGAUGUUCUAUCCAGGAUCGUAUACCAGUGUUUGCAAUGGCCAUGGCAUGUCGUCAGGCAGGGCUUUUAAUAGGGCCGGCAUUUAAUGUCUUCCUAAGAUAUUGCACCUUUCAGAUUGGACCAUUCCAUGUGGACAAGUUCUCCGCUCCUGGUAUCUUCAUGUGUGCUCUUUGGGCACUGAUGCAGUUUGUGGUGAUUUUUAUGUUUUAUGAUCUUCCACCAAAUCCUUCACCACAGCAUGAGCGGGAACCCCUCUUGAAGCAGACAGACAUUCAGAGUCCCUUAUAUGGAGCUAUCAACUGUGUUCAUGACCCAUCAUCCAACCAGGAGGAUUUUUCCAGCAUGGAGAAUUCAAGCCCUCCUUCAACUCUUCCAAUAACAAAUAAUCAUAUUCUUUCUCAAAGUGCUGAGUUAAAUGAAACCACUAAGAAACCAAUCAUAGGGUUGGUAAGGGAGGAGGUUGUGGUGCUUCUGGCUGCUCAGUUUGUGACGUUCUUUAAUCAGACAGCACUGGAGACUUUAGUGACGCCUCUAGCUCAAACAUAUCUUGGCUUUGAGGAUCUGCAGAACUCGCUGAUUUACUUUCUCUGUGGGAUUGAGAUGUUGAUUGGUUUCCUUGUGGUGCGUAUCCUUAGCCGCUGCUGUUCAGAUCGCAUCCUCCUGGUAUUUGGACUUUGUAUCUGUAAUAUAUCCUGCAUUUGGUGUCUCCUGUUCUUGGCAAAACCCAAAGGAACGUAUGGUUUUCUUCUGGCAGAGUUUGUGAUUGGCGUUUUUCUACAAGUUCUUGGACUGCCAUUUGUAUCAGUGUCACAGGUGUCUUUAUUUUCAAAAGUAACUGCUGAAAAAACUCAAGGGUUCAAUCAUGGACUACGAAGAUCGGUUGGUGGUGUGGCCACAAUCCUGGGACCUUUGUGGGCAGCAGGUUUAACACAAAAUCUGUAUAUUAUGCUGGGAACUAUGAUGGGGCUGCUUCUUCUAAUCAGUGUAAUGGUCAUUGUGUCGUACAAGUACCUAGUAGAACCUCCUGCAUCAGAGGACCAAUCUUCAUGAAGAAUAGCCUGUUCCUUGGACUGUUUAGCAUUGCACCUACUGUAAAGUCAAUUUUGGCUAGGCUUCCAUGUGAGCCAUAAGUCUUUCAAAUUCUGUUCGGUAAUAAUAUUUUACUGGGUUUUUUUCAUAUG